UGUUUGUUGCUGUGCUUUCAUUUGUUGUGUAUUGUCGCCAUGUUAACUUGUUAGCAGCGCUUUUUUUUAUAUGUAGUUACCUAGUUUGCGUUCGAAAACCUUAGUUUAGCCGUUUUUAUAAUAUAAACAUUCCUUUAAAAUUAAUUAAGAACAAUGGCAGAAAAUCCUCGUGGCCGCGGUCGUGGUGCUGCGAUCUUGGAAGCCCUGCGAAGGGCCCAAACUGCACAGCCAGCAGAACCUGAACAUCAAGUCGACGAACCCUCACCACCCACGCCAACUGCCCCAAGGGGCCGGGCAAACUUACUUCGUCAAAAGUUAAACGAAUUAAGGCAAACUGCAACUGUUGGAGAACAGCAGGACGUGUCCUCUUCUAAACCGACUCCAGAUGUAGCCGCUAUAACAAAAUCAAUGGAGGCAGUACAAGUAACCGAACCUUGCAUAUUUCGAGGUGAAAGUGGAACUACCGUUCCUACAUCGUGUAAUUACAUUAGAAUAACUACAGAGGAAGAACGAGGUGUUUUCGAAUACCACGUUCAAUUCAAACCAGAUGUGGAUGCCAGAUAUGUACGUAACCAUUGUGUGAAAACACAUUUCGGACUCGUAAGAUUGUUCGAUUCAGGGUCAAUAUUGUAUUUACCAAUUAAAUUACCUGAUACACGUACCGAAUAUCGCUGCACCAAUCCUCAAGAUAGCUCUACAGAGAUUACAAUGCAGGUCACAUUUGUUAAACGCAAGCUACUAAGCGAAUCUCUGCAUCUCUUCAACAUUUUAAUGAAAAAAAUUAUGUACGAACUACGUCUGACACCAAUCGGUCGUAACUUCUUCGACCCACAUCAUUCGCACUUAAUUCCGCAACACAGAUUGGAGGUUUUACCUGGUUACGCGGUGGCCGUUGACGAAUACGAAGGGGGCGCUAUGAUCUGUCUGGACACGCAGCAUCGAGUAAUGAGGACCGAAAAUGUUUUGGAUUACCUAAAAUCGCUAAGGCUGUCAGGCAAAGGGCCGGUUACGACGCUAGCUCGUCAAGCACUACUAGGAACUACCGUCAUGACAAAGUACAACAACAAAACAUAUAGAAUUGAUGAAAUUCAAUUCGAUAUGACCCCCAUGUCUACAUUUGAAACACGAGAUAACCGCCAUAUAACCUACGUUCAGUAUUACCAAACUCAGUAUAACAUCCGAAUUACAGACCUCAAGCAACCCCUGUUACUGAAUCGGAAAACCAAAAAGACUGCGCAAUCGGAAGAAGUAGACCAGUUCAUUUGUUUAGUACCUGAAUUAUGUAACCUAACUGGUCUAACAGAUGAAAUGCGGGCCGAUUUUAAGGUCAUGAAAGAUGUUGCAAUGUACACAAGGGUCACUCCAACACAAAGGCUACGGGCUUUAAGAGCAUUCUUAGAUAACAUCGAAAACACUCCCUCCGCCAAACAGAUUUUAUCUAAUUGGGGGAUGCACAUUGAAAAUGCAACCAUAGAUCUAUUAGCCAGAGUUUUAUCACCAGAAGUGAUUCUUUUUGGUGGUGGCAUAAAAAGUACUGCCAACAAUGCGGACUGGAAUAGCCUUGUUUGUAAAAACCAGGUCUUGGGACCCAUGGAUUUAGAGGCGUGGUAUUUAUUUUAUACAGUCAGAGAUCAACAAGCCGCAUCCAAUUUUGCAAACACCAUCGUUCGUCUUGGGGACGCUAUGGGUAUGCGCAUAGCCAAACCGCGAUUGCAGCAGCUCGCCGACGAUCGUACCGACACAUACGCCACAACCAUACAAAAAGUGGCUAACAGCGAGGCGCAAAUGCUCGUUUUUAUUUGCCCGAGCACCAGAGAGGACCGCUACUCUGUAAUUAAGCGAUUGUGUUGUGCAGACAUGCCAAUACCCACUCAGGUCGUUCUUUCGCGAACAUUGUCAAACAGCGCCAAAGUUCGUGGGAUCAUCCAGAAGAUAGCGUUGCAGAUGAACUGCAAGCUCGGCGGUACUUUGUGGGCUUUGAGAUUCCCCGUGAAAAAUUGGAUGAUUUGUGGCAUAGAUGUUUACCACAGUCCGGGAGUUAAGCAAUCAGUAUGUGCCUUCGUAUCAAGCUUGAAUGACGACAUUACCCGCUGGUUUAGCACGGUUGUAUUCCAAGACAGAGAAUUGGGCGAUCAGCAUAAAACAGCCUUUAUAAAAGCCCUUGAAAGGUACAGGCAAAUGAACGGAGUGUUUCCCACCAACGUUGUCAUCUUCCGAGAUGGCGUCGGCGAUGGACAACUGAAACAUUGCAAAAAUUAUGAAGUUGCGCAGUUUCAGCAGUGUUUGAAUGAUUACUCCAUAAGUAACGUGAAAUUGACCAUGGUAGUGGUUCAAAAACGUAUCAAUACUCGAAUAUUCUUGAAGAAGGAUCGCGAAUUUGAUAAUCCAGUGCCUGGUACCGUCAUGGAUAAUACGAUAACGAGAUUCAGUUGGUACGACUUUUUCUUAGUUGCACAGCAUGUGAGACAGGGCACUGUUACACCAACACAUUAUGUAGUGGUGCACGAUGAUGCUGAACUAAAACCAGACCAUGUGCAAAAACUAACAUACAAACUGUGCCACUUGUAUUACAACUGGCCGGGAACAAUCAGGGUACCUGCACCCUGUCAGUAUGCGCAUAAACUUGCGUACCUUGUGGGACAACAUAUUAGACGCGAGCCGUCUGUGAAACUUGCAGACGCUCUUUACUACCUCUAACUUUUGUUUACUUUUAUGACCUCAGUUUUUGUAGUUUGUUCAUUUUGUUUGUUUUUUUUAAUGAAAAAAAAAGUGAUUCCGUUUGUAAAAAGUGUUUGUUUAUGCAAAAUAAUGAAUCUAGAUUAAGUAAUGGUUUAUUUUUAUACCUCGUUGUAUCUACAUGUUCGUAGACUACUAUCUGUGAAAUAAGUUUGUUCUCAUCCGAUAACGAAUAAUGAAGGUACUUAAGUACUA